AUGGCUAAAACAAAGAAAAAGAAUGUCAAAGAUGUCAAAAGUGUAGGGGUGCCUACUGAAGUAGUUUCCGAGUCAAAGCAUCUUCAUCAUCAUAAUCAUAAUCAAACUAAAAGUAUAUUUAAAAACUCACCAGUUUAUGAAUUAUUACAUUAUUUUGAAAGAGCUCCUGAUCAAUGGGCAGCUAGGUAUAUAUUAAUUUUAACAGCUAUUAUACUUCGAACAGCAGUUGGUUUAGGUACAUAUUCGGGUUUUAAAACACCUCCAAUGUUUGGAGAUUUUGAAGCACAAAGACAUUGGAUGGAAUUGACUAUAAAUUUACCAAUUUCAGAAUGGUAUUAUUUUGAUUUACAAUAUUGGGGAUUAGAUUAUCCUCCUUUAACUGCUUAUCAUUCAUAUUUUUUAGGUAUGAUUGGUUCUUUUAUCAAUUCUGCUUGGUUUGCAUUUAAUGAUUCAAGAGGUGCUGAAUCUAAUGAUUUGAAAUUUUUCAUGAGAGUGACUUCAAUAAUUAGUGAAUUGAUAUUAUAUAUUCCUGCUAUUUUAUUAAUUGCGAACUUAUUAGGUAAAAAAUUUAAUAUUGGAAGAAUGGAUCAAAUUAUAGUAUCAUUAAUUAUAUUAACUCAACCUCAUUUGAUCUUGAUUGAUCAUGGCCAUUUUCAAUAUAAUUCUGUAAUGUUGGGAUUUUUUGUAUAUUCAGUGAUAGAAUUGGUAAAUAAUAAUUUAAUAAUGGCUAGUUUUUGGUUUGUAAGUUGUAUAAAUUUCAAACAAAUGGGGUUGUACUAUUCAUUAUUUAUUUUUUUUUACAUUUUGAAUCAAAUUAGGGAUAUCUUUCAAUUGAUACUCGUUGGUGCUACAGUUUUGAUAACUCAGUUUAUUUAUGUUUUACCAUUUGCAGCUACAAACCCAGAGUCAUUGAAACAAAUAGUCAUUAGGGUCUUUCCAUUUAAUAGAGGUUUAUUUGAAGAUAAGGUUGCAAACUUUUGGUGUACUACAAAUACCUUACUCAAGUAUAGAAAUUUAAAUUUAGGUUUGUCUCAAUUAUCAUUAAUAGCUACUUUAUUAGCUACUAUUCCAGUUAAUUGUUACAUUUUUUACAAGAUAAAAAAAAAUCAUAAACUUAAAAUUCCAUUAUUAUUAUAUGGAUUUGCAUCAAAUGCCUUAUCAUUUUAUUUAUUUUCAUUUCAAGUUCAUGAAAAAUCUAUAUUAGUUCCAUUAGUGCCUAUUUUAUUAUUAUUAUUUAUUGAUAAAGACAAUAUAACAAUUAUACAAUGGAUAAAUAACAUUGGAACAUUUAGUUUAUAUCCAUUAUUGAAAAAAGAUGGAUUAAUAAUGCAAUAUAUCGUAUUACAGUUUUUAAUCAAUUGGUUAAUUGGAUUUGAUUUAAUACUUCCAAAGAAACUAAACUUAAAUAAUUUAGUGAUUAAUAGCACUUAUUUCCUUAUGAUUAUUUAUCAUUUCAUAGAUGCUUUAUAUUCUCCACCAAUUAGGUAUCCUGACCUAUGGGUUAUUUUAAACAUUACUAUAUCAUUUAUAGGAUUCUUUUAUUUUUGGUUAUACUUGAAUUAUAG